GUCAUGUUUUUGGGUUGUGAUCAGCUCUGAUACUUAUUCUUGUUUCUGAGUAUUGUAAACCCAGUUGCAUAUUUCAGUCAGCUCUAUAUACAUAACCCAGGAGUUGGAGCCAUGACUGAAGUAGAUGGGAUCAAGGCUCCGGAGAAGCUUGAGGGGCAUUUUAAAGCUAUGGCAAUAUGUUGGCUCCUGGGACUAGGGUCCUUAGUCGCAUGGAACAGUGUUCUGACCAUAGGAGAUUACUAUGGAAUAUUGUUUCCGAAUUACCAUCCUUCAAGGGUUCUCACCCUCGUUUAUCAACCAUUUGCAUUUAUCUCUAUGGGAAUACUAGCAUACAAGGAAGCAACCGUCAAUACCAGAAAGAGGAUCUUAGUUGGAUACUUCCUCUUCUUUGUUGGUACCUUGAUGAUGAUAGUAGUGGAUGUUGCUGCAUCCGGCGGCGGAGGAAUUGGACCUUAUAUUGGUAUAUGUGCAAUGGUUGGUGUAUUUGGGGUUGCGGAUGGCCAUGUUCAGGGUGGAGUCAUUGGUGAUUUAUCCUUGAUGCGCCCUGAAUUCAUGCAGUCUUUCUUUGCUGGCUUGGCUGCAUCAGGUGCUCUAACCUCGGCCUUGAGGCUGAUUACAAGGGCUGCCUUUGAGAAGUAUCAUAAUGGUCUUCGCAAGGGAGCAUUGAUGUUCUUGGCCCUUUCCACAUUCAUCGAGUUCUUGUGCAUAUAUAUGUAUGCAAGCUACUUCUCCAAGUUACCUAUAGUAAAGUACUACCGCUCAAAGGCAGCCUAUGAAGGCUCCAAAACUGUAAUGGCUGAUCUUGCUGCUGGUGGAAUCCAAACACAAGUAGACAUAGAAGCAAUUCCACAACGAUUGACCACCAAGCAACUAUUCAUUCAGAAUUAUGAUUAUGCACUCGGCUUGUUUCUGAUAUAUGCACUGACAUUAUCGAUCUUCCCUGGUUUCCUUUUUGAAAACACCGGAGAACACAAAUUGGGCACAUGGUAUCCCCUUGUUCUGAUUGCAAUGUACAAUGUGUUGGAUCUAAUAUCAAGAUACACACCACUUAUACCAUGCUUGAAGAUUGAAAACAGAAAGGGCCUCAUGAUCGCAAUUGGACUGCGUUUUCUCUUUGUUCCUGCAUUCUACUUCACAGCAAAAUAUGCUGACCAAGGUUGGAUGAUCCUGCUCACCUCAUUGUUGGGUUUUACCAAUGGUCAUCUUACUGUUUGUCUCAUGACAGUGGCACCGAAAGGUUACACGGGACCUGAGCAGAAUGCCUUGGGCAAUGUCCUUGCUUUCUGUCUUAUGUGUGGCAUAUUUGCUGGGGUUCUACUUGAUUGGUUGUGGAUCAUUGGCAAUGGUAAAUUUUGAAAAGCCAAAUGAGGAAAUAAAGUUGCUAUUGGAAUGGUAAUCUCAUGCUUGGAUGAAUACCAGAAGGCUAUCAAGUGCUGUGCAUGUAUAUUGGUUUUAAGAAUACUGGUAGAAAGAUUAGAUAUCUAGAUGCUGAAUUGUUUGAAGAACUACAUGCACUCUUAAUUGUAAAUAGGUAUUUUCAAUUUUUAUAAGCUCAAAUCUCGACCAAUUCCACCCAAAUCCGAUGUACCUGGCCCAGAGGCCCAGAUAUACAUGUCAUAUUUCUUCAGAAACCAAGACCCUGUUGUUAAUGUCACAAGGAGGUUUAUGGCAGAG